AUGAACGCGCACACUAUAUUAUUGUGGAUCCUGUUUAUUUUGUGGACGGUUGACGCACAAUUCGGAACUGUGUCUAUAAGCUUGGAUAUGGGCCGCACUGAAGAUGAUCCAUUAAUUUUCAAAGGACGAUGUCCACCGAAUACUUCAUGUGUUCCAAUCAGUUCCUGUCCCUUAAUAGAGGACUUAUUGGAUUUUUCGUGUUUCUCCUCUGACAAAUACUUCCACCGUCUGAACGAGCUGACCUGCGGCAAUAAUAACGACGAAGACUACGUGUGCUGCCCAUCCUGCGAUUGUGCCCGAGUGUACCAGGAGGGCACGGAAGAAUGCGGUCGUAGUAUGGUCCGGGGAAAAGGUUACAAGGGAAUCGGAUUGCACCCGUGGGUCGCAAGGAUUGGUUUCACUAAUAAAGAUACCGGUAAUGUAAGGUUCGCUUGCAGCGGCUCAAUAAUUUCUAAAAAGGUUGUCUUGACUGCAGCGCAUUGCGCCCUAGCUAAGCCGGAAGGCUACAAAUUGUCCACCGUGGUGGUAGGAGAGUGGGACACGAGCCGGAGUCCGGACUGCAACGACUUCUUCUGCGCUCCAGUAACGCAGGCCAUCAAAGUCGAAACGGUGGUCGUGCAUCCCGGCUACGAACAGAAGAUAUUCAGACACGACAUCGCCCUUAUUGUUCUAAAGGACGACAUCAAGUAUUCUGUGACAGCCGCACCGCUGUGCCUCAACGAAAAGCCGGAAGUAGUGAUCAACGAACGCGCCAUGCUUGUCGGAUGGGGAAAAUUGUCCGGACAGAGUAACAUGGUCGGCAAGCAACAACUGCUGGACGUGCCGCUUGUUCCUUUGGAGACGUGCGAGCGUAUAUUCGGCGAGUCAGUGCCGGUGCACGAAGGCCAGCUGUGUGCCGGCGGCGAGGAGGGGAGGGAUGCAUGCUCCGGCUUCGGCGGCGCGCCGCUGCUGCUCAACAGAGGUGGCCAGUACAUCCAGAUUGGCAUCGUGUCUUUUGGCUCGGAGAAUUGCGGCAGCGAGGGAGUUCCCAGCGUUUACACAAACAUCGCUCACUAUUAUCGUUGGAUCGUAGAAAAUUCUCCAUUG